UGUGUGACCCAGCGCUCGCUCGCUCUGUCGGUCGGUGGGUAGUGCUGUGUGUGCUCUGUGAGUGUGUGUGUGUGUUCAGGGCUCGUUAUUUAUAUAACAGAGCCGGAGCUGAUCAGCGGCGCUUCCAGAAACAAUCGAGCGCUGGUGCUCCGAGUCGCGGGCCUGUCCGCAGGGAGGCUGUGUGUCUGUUAGCGGGUGUUGGUGUUGGGCCUGUCCGCAGGGAGCGGGUUGGAGGCGGAGGUGCGCUCUCCUCCUCCUCUUCGGGGCUGUUUGUGUUUUCGGGCCGAGCUUCUCCUCCUCCUACUCGGAGAUGUUCAUCCACGGUGUUCACAACGACGCCAUGCAUUUUAAACCGAGCCGCAGCAGACUCUACACCACACGCUGCUGCGGGUGCUGUCAUGUCCGGACGGGCACCAUCAUCCUGGGCACCUGGUACAUGGUGGUGAACCUGUUGAUGGGAAUCUUGCUGACUGUGGCAGUUACCCACCCUGAGAACGUUCCCACAGUUGACCUGCAGUAUGAGGUUAUCGAGCACUAUUUUGCCUCGGACAGAAUGUCAGAACAUGCUUGUGUGGGAUUUGCCAUCUCCCUACUGAUGCUUACCAUCAGCGCCAUGAUGGUGUAUGGCGCCAUUACCCAUCGCGACGGCUGGCUCAUCCCGUUCUUCUGCUACCAGCUGUUUGACUUUGCUCUGAGCUGCCUGGUGGCCAUCAGCUCUCUCACCUACCUACCCCGGAUCAAGUACUACCUGAAUCAACUGCCGGACUUCCCAUACAAAGACAACCUUCUUUCUCUGGACUCCAGCUGCCUCCUGCUGUUCUUGCUGAUCUUCUUUGCUGUCCUGAUCAUCCUGAAGGCUUACUUGAUCAACUGUGUGUGGAACUGCUACAAGUACAUCAACAAUAGAAACAUGCCAGAGAUUGCUGUUUACCCUGCUUUUGAGACUCCACCACAGUAUAUCCUCCCUACCUAUGAGAUGGCCAUGACAAUGCCAGCAAAGGAGCCUCCACCUCCCUACAUGCCUGCCUGAAGUCCAUGUCUCUUUCCUAAUGAAAGUCACUGCAGAUAUUCUUCAUGGCCUUUUGAUCCCCACCUUCCACUCUGUAGAACGGAGGGUGCUAAGAUUUCCCCAUCACAAGUUUCACUUUAAACCUCUGCAUAUUGCAUAGACCUAACCAUAUUUGUCAUUAGCAUGACUUACUUGCCUCUCAUAAUGUGUUGUGACAGUUCAUCACUUACAGAUCUAUUUUUGUAAAGUAAUAGAAAACAAAUGAAAUAAGACUUUGCAGUGGGUUUUUGGGGGAAUAGUUGUUCGGGGGAAUUUAGUUUGUGGUGAUUAUGCCUCAUCGCGAGCUGGAUCGCAUAGCAAAAUUGUGCUUCUGACAGCAUUGUAUAGUUUAUUCCUUGUGAUGAGUUUCUUCUAAGACAAGGCGGGUCAUCUGCCAACGAGUGAUGCACAUGAAGCAGUGAAAGCUUUCACUUUCCAAAACUUUCCUCUCUCUUUUUAUUUUUCCAUGCUUUUCUUGGUAACUAAGUUGAAGAGAUAUUGUGAAAAUAAAUUUGCUUUACCAGUUUGCUGUCCACUAACGUUAAGAAGCACUACUUUCUCGCUUGGCUAAUGUAAAGGAACCUGUUUUAGUUUAAGCGUCUGUCUUUGACAAUCCAAUGUGAAACUAAAAGAAACCCUUUUUCCAUUUGUGUAUUUUGUGCAAAAGUAAGAUUUUAUCAAAGCAUAGGCGAAAGAGGUUGUAGCACUUUAUCUUGUUUUAUAUAUUUAGUGUUGUGUCAGUCCACCCAUUCAUUCAUUGAACCAUGUACCAGCAUCUUUAGCAGCAUUCAUUGUGCUCUGUUGUUGUGAUAGAUAGUAAUCAUUGCUUCAACACAUUGCGAACAAGAGAGGAGGGUCUUUUUUUCUCUCAAACCAGAUGAUGCUUUGGAAACUGCUAGUGUUGUAAACAUCAAUGGAUGCAUGCUAAUCCCUCUCUCUUUCUUGAUCUCUUUUUCUUGUACACAUUCUGGUGAGCUGAUUACUUCAGUAAUAAACAAUUUCAAACAUU